AUGAAGAAGAAAAAUUUCAGCGAAAAAAUGAACUCCUUUUUGGAGAGCAAAAAAAAGAGGGAGGAAAAUUUAUCCUCCGUGGAGGAAAAAAAAAAAAAAAAAUUUGACAAAAGUAAUUUUACAGAACGGAGGAACGACGAGUUGGCGAAAAAUGCUGUGCAUGUAAUUGCAGGCGGGGGGGGGAUACACCGGACGGACUACACUAAGCAAGUCAUGCGAUGUGUAGAAGCGCACGCGGAGGGGAGGAGUGGAGCAACCCCACAAGGGGAAAACAAAUGCGAUGAGCAGUACAGUCAAGCGAACGGGAGGGAAACACAACAGAAGGGAAGCAGUAAUAGGUAUAACUACACAAACAACGUGGUGACCAUCGAACGGAACAGCCACACUGAGCCAACUGUCGGCAAAGAAAGCGAAGAAUCUUAUGUGGGACGGACGGACGAACUCUCCCUACACAAUGCCAUCAACCACCCAAUGGAAAAAAUGAAGAAGCUAAGGAUAAAAACCACGCACAGGUAUUUGAGCAAAGCAGAAGAUGCGUCAUACAAAUUGGUGAAGGACUACCACAGAGAGGUUGACAAAUGCAUAGAGGAAAUAAAAAGCGAAACGUUUUUAAAGGCAAAUUUGCUCAAAAGCGAAAUGGAGAGCAUACUAACCCAGGUGGAAAGACUCACACAAGAAGCGUUGGACUUAAAGUGGGAUGGAGAUCCACCACCAAGAGGAGAAAACUCACAAGGAGAAAUGAAAAGGUACCACUCCUACGUUACACGCUACACACAUUUGAUGGAGUCAAAACUUUGUGAGAAAUUCAUCCCAACAAAUGGCGAAGCGGUGGAGGCUCUCCCGAUGAACGACCCCCCCAGCAUGAAGGACCACUCGGAAAAUAUAAAAAAAAAAUGUAUACUAAAUGAAAUAAAAAAAGAGGUAGACAGGAGAGGAGAAGACAUCAAAGAGAAAUGGGAAUGUGUGCAAAAUUUAUUCACCAAAUUGAACGAAAAAAUUAAAAAUUUUAUUUCCCAUUUUGAGAGGAAACACGAAAUGGCAACAAACAAAUUGAGUGACAAUACGCAGCGGAUGGAAUCCCAAAUGAAGGAAAAAAUAUUCUACAGCACAGAGGAAGCUUCCCAAUUGGUUGGCACCGAAAUGGAAAGAGCGAAACAGUUUUUCCUGGACUUCCUCACCCACUUUAAUGAUUACGUAACGGAGACGUAUAAUUAUGUAUACCAAAAGUACCAUCGGUGUGAAUGCGUUUUCCGCCGAGACAUCCUUCGCCAGCAGAGCUACCGAGACGUCUGCUGCGUCUACGCCACCAUCUCGAAAAACUACCUCCACGGAUUACCCGCGGAUAAAGUUUUUAACCGCCUCAUGGCUACGCUGGAAGGUAACUACAACGCUGUGUACGCCAGGAGGGUUGGCCUCCCGCCCGACCAGUUCUUCGCCGGCUUCCUAGCCGCGCCGCAGGGGGGGGGAGCGGCGUAUGGCGAAGCGGCGGAUGGAGAUGCGGUGGAUAGCAAUGCGGCGAAACUCCACCAGCGACACUGCGCAGACGUCUACCAGCGGCAGAAUCAACACUAUGAGGAGUACCUCCAAAGGUACGAGGAGAUAAAGGCGGAAGUGGUCCGCUACAGGGAGGUCGUUCUGCACACCUUCUUCCACUUGGACAACUUCGCCGCGGCGACGGCGGCGGUGACGGCGGCGGAAACUGCGGCGGAGACAACCGCGACGGCUGGAGGGAGGCCGCUUCUCAGGGAGGCCCCAAAAAAGGCCCCCCCCAAAUGGCGCAAAAAGGAGAAGGGCGCUGGGAAGGAAAACUUACCGCCAAAAUGGAAUGCCCAGGGAGAAGUAAAAAGGGAAGACCGCCCAGAGGGGGAACCCAGUAAAGGGAAGCACCCCAAAGAAGGUAACCACAGGGAAGGCAGCCACAGGGAAGGCAGCCACAGGGAAGGCAGCCACAGGGAAGAUGACCCCAUGGAGGGCAACCCCAUGCAGGGCAACCACAUGGAAGAUGACCCAAACGGAGAAGCUCAAAAAAACGACGAGCACAGCCACGAAACGAUCCUCGCACAAAUCUGCAAACACAAAAGCGCUUUCAUAAAAUGCACGGAAAACAUUCUGGCGAAUUACAACCUGAUGAACUUGAGGGACGACUACUUCAUCCUCUCCUUCUUCUCCAUUUUGGAGACCUUAAAAAGUGAAAUCCUGAUGAUGAGCUCCCACGUAGAAAGUGAAAUGAAGGCAUCUAUCCACCAGUGCUGUGAGCGGAACCGUCUGUUCCUCUGCCACUUUGAUACAUUGCUGAGGGAAUACAACUCCGUUGUGAGGAGGUGCCUGAAGUGUAAGGACCACCUGGUGAUGCUCAAAUUGAUAGCCGAUAAAGAAGAAGCGAAGAAGAAAUUGGAAAGCUGCGCAUCACGCGGGGAAGAGGAAGCUCGCACCACUAAUGAGACUCUCGUUGCUCAGUCGAAACGUCUAUGGGGGGAUUUCUUCUUCGCCGCUUUGAGCAAAGCUAAGGUGAUAGGCGCAGAAGGGGAGGCGCCGUCUGCUCGGAGGGCUAACGAGCGAAGCGGCACAAAUGAUACACCCGGUGAGGGGAAGCACACCCAUUUAAAGGGCCAACAAAAAACAACCCCCGAUGAGAAUGAAAAGAAUAUAAUUAGACAGCUAGUCGGGCCCAAACACACAUACAUGUAUGACGAGGACACCAUUUGGCACCACACCUACAUCAGCUAUAGGAGUAACAUGAUGGGGCUGCUGCACCCUGGCAGGGAUGUAGGAGCUUAUCUCCAAAGGAGCGUCAAAGGGAAGGCACGCCCUGCCAAACAAACAGGGAAAAAGGCCUCCCACGAAGCACAUAAAAAGGAAAGCACCAUACGGUCAAACAUUGCGCAAAUUAGAAGGGAGUACAUUCAGCAGAAGGGGGAAGCGAACAGGGGAAGUCACCCUAAUGAGGAAGUUAACCCCGGUGGGACUCACUCUGGGGAGACAACCUAUUCACUGCCUCAAAUCACCACGAAGUCCCUACCCGAUGAGCUGCUCUACAAUGAGGACCUCCUAAAAAAGUUGUUCCAGAGCUUCACCUCCAGCUACUACGAGCGCUUUAAAGAAACUCUCUUUGAGCACCUGCUGAAGGCCAAAAUGAAAUCCGAAAGAGAGUGCACCAAAUGGUGCCAACAAAUGGGGGUAGACUCAUUCGAGGAGCAGCUCCGAAGAGACGAUGAGAAAAUAAAAGAGGUGGCCGUCAAGCUGGAGGAAAAAUUUAAAACAAAUAAAGAAGCGUUUGAAAACGCUUCCCAAAAGUUGUCCCUGCUGGUGAGGGAGUACGAGCAGGUGACGAAAGAAGACUGGGGGGAUUACCAAAAGUUUAAAGACUCCAUAAGGCAGGUGGAGCACACGCUCGACGGGGGGGGAAGCGGCGGCGGCAACGGUAGCGGCAACGGUAGCGGCAGCGGCAACGGCAACGACAAUGACUGCGAUGAUGCGCUCCCCAGCAGGUACGCCCACCUCGUGGAGACGCUCAAAGCCAGCUUCAAAUCGCUCAGGGAGCACCUCCUACGUGGCGAGAAAAAACUAAGGGCGGAAAUUAAAAGGGUAGAAACGUACUCCACUAUGCUCAUUAGGACCGGCCAAACCAACGUCGAUUUGGGGACAAUUGAAACUGUUUUGUGUAACUCAAAUCAUCUUCUCCUUUCCGUUCGCCAGAAGAGACAAGACGUCGAAAAUGCCUUUAAUGCCAAUGUGUAUAUCUUUAAUAACAAAUUUAGGGCCAUCUCCAGCAGAACCGUCAACAGGGGGACCCCAUCUGGAACGGCACCACCUCCAACAGACAGACAAAUGAUUCACUAUUUAAUUGCAAAAGAGGAAAUAAAAAACAACCUCCUCAUUUUUUAUCUCCUCGUUUAUCAAAUCAGGGUGUGCAUGGGGCAGUCCGGCGGAGAAGGCGAAGAAAGUGGGGGAACGCCACAUCCCGGGGAGCGCAAGGCGGGGCAGCCGGCAUACACGUUUAGGCAGUCCCUCAAGGUGGAAAGGUCGCCCCGGGGGGAGAGGGCGGCAAAAGCGGCGAAGGCGGUGAAGGCGGCCAGCCUUGUUAGUGCAGCAAGCCCCCUUAGCGCGCUUCUCCCCGUUAACGCUGUGAACGGGGCCAAGUUCCCCAAUGGGGCCUCACCGCAGACCCCCCAGGACAAAUUCCCCCGCGUGCAGAACUGCAUCUACCAAAUCGGCACCUUCCGAAAAAUACAAAAAAUAUACCAGCUGGACUUAGCACGGGAGGACUCCCUUGUGAGUAACUUUUUCCUCUCUCGCCUGAUAGGCCCGCAGCUGCCCCACUUGGUGUUCUGCAAAGGUACGGGUAUGCAGGAGAGCCCGGAUGACUGCCUCACCUUUGGGCUCUUUAACAACCGGGGGAAAGAACAACCAGGGGAGAAAGGGAUCGACCAACUGGGAAAGCAACCGGCCGCGGAGGGGUCUUCCUGCGAGACGGUUCCACUGGAGAAGUGCCCCCCUAAAGCGGACCCUGGGGACGAAAUUGAAACCAGCGCCUCCAACACAAAGCCGAUCGUCAGCAGCGCAGAGAGAGGCACACCCAGUGGGGGGAAGGUAAAACGGAGCGGCAAGGGAACCUCCGAAGGGGAGAAGCUCACUCGGAUGAGCAAGGAGACAGACCCACAGGAAGGGAACCGCGGAAAGAAAGGCGAGCUUCACAUCUCGAAUGAUCACCCCCCUGAUGCGUCCUCCUACGGAGAGAAUGAACUCUUCCGAAAGGAAUAUCUCGAUGUGAAGUUCUUUCUCUACACAUGUGCGUAUAUCAUCCACCUAAUAAGCAACGUCAUCCAAACAACUCCACCCAAGGGUUCCCCCAAGGGUCCCCCCAAGGAGAGACAGCCAACCUACAGCCACUCGCUAUUCAUCUCAUACGACCUCUCACAUGCCAUAUAUAAGAGUAACUUAUUGAUAGAUAAGAUAGAAAAUAAGAAGGUCCAAAUGACCGAUCUAGUGGUGAACAAGAAGGCCAUGUCCCCUUUGGUAUUUUGUGCUGACCAUAUCUCCCGCAGAACGGAGCUCAUUCACUUGUUUAAAUUUGAAAAGGAGACCGUGGCGAAGCUGUUCGAGAGGACUUUCGCUCAACUACGCGGUUUGCAUUUCGUCAGCGGAAAUGAUACGCAUGUUAGGAAGAUACACAGCGAGUAUGCGGACGACCUGACCACCCUGGCCACCUACUUGAAAGCCCUGUCGAAGAAAGCCGCCUACUUCACCUUCCGCUGCAUCUAUAAGCGCCACGAGGCGCUCUCCACCGAACGAAUAAACACCAUGCAAAAAAACCUCCUGCAAGCAUUUAAAGAGUUAAAUGAGAGGCUCAAAGUUACAGACACCGGCGAGAGCACAGCUAGCCACGUUGCAAAGAGGAAAGAAGCCAUCAAGUCCCUAUUACACUCAUACGUUGCAGCGAUAAGGGGCAUGCUAACCAGCCACCUCAGCUACCUGCACGCCAACCUGAGCAACAACGCCAUUUUCUUUGUUCACUUGUUGAGUCUCUUGCCCGCGGGUCCUCCCUCGAGUGGAAGCGGCCCCCACGGUGGAGACCCUCCCCCAGAGAAGGCGAACGGAAAAGGGGCGUCAAACGCAAGAGCGGCAAACGCAAAGGGAGCGACCAACGUGGCCUUCCUCAAAAUCCACCACGUAGACAUCUCCGCUGACUACGACCUGAGCGACAUCGCCAAAAAGAUCGACAAGGCGUACGGCCCCACGGGCCACCAGGGCCAAGCGGACAGCGGCGCGAAGCGGAAGGCCGGCGCGGAGGUGCUCUACCUGCCCUACAGCGAGGAAAACCUCUACGUUGCGAAGAAAUUGGAGAACAAAAUGGACAAGUAUAGGGGAAAGCUGUACGCGCACAUGGCCGAGGCGCUAGACGGGAAGAAAAAGGAGGUGAUCAAACUGAUUUCCAGCGAUGUGAAGGAGCACCGGAGGUACUACGAGUGA